GGAGGCUGGACGGACUACAACACAGUUGAGGACUUCGGCAACUACAUGCUUGCCGCAGGCUCGACGGAGUUCGAUGGUGUUGCAGACCAAACUCGCAUGGGUAUCCAGGCAAACACGCUGAGCCAAGAUUGGAACUCGUUCUUCAGCGGCUUCAAUGACGACGCGCAGUGGGCCAUCUUGGGCUACUGGAAGACCGCGGACUACAAGGAUGCGCAUGGCGAGGAUUCCACCGCCUACAAGAACGCGGCGCUGUCCGUAUACCAAUACGUCGCUGCUCAGUAUGACACAUCGCUUUGCGGUGGCGGAGUUCCGUGGACCAAUGGUGGAAACUAUAAGAACGCGAUCACGAACGAGCUCUUCUUGACGACGUCGGCGCAAGGCUAUCGGCGCACCGGAGACCAAACCUUCCUCGAUAAUGCCCAAAAGAUCUGGGCUUGGUUGGAACAAUCUGGUAUCAGGAACUCUGACGGCCUAUGGAACGAUGGGUUGGACGCGGACACUUGCCAGAAUAACGGCGAAACGACUUGGACGUAUAAUCAGGGAGUGAUCGCGUCAGGCCUGGGCUACCUCGGCGCCAUAACCGGCAACUCCACUCUGUUCUCUCAAGCAGAACUCACUCUUGACGCCACCAUUUCCAAACUGACCGAGAACGGUGUGCUGAAAGAGGCCUGUGACAGUCCGACCUCGUCCAGCUGCGGAGGAGAUGGGCAACUGUUCAAGGGUAUUUGGAUGAAGCAUGUUCAGUUCUAUCUCGACGCGGUCAAUGAUGCCUCGCGUACUGCAAAGUACAGCUCUUUCCUCGCGGCCCAAGCAUCCGCCAUCGAGACCAACGCACUAACCAGCGACAACGAUAUUGGAAGUCUCUGGUAA